AACCGAGGCACGAGAGUUUGUUCUUUGUAAAAGAAUCUUGACCUUUUCAAUCAAUCUUUUAGUGUGGAAGUCGUGCAAGGCAUCUAGUGACGACGACCUCAUUGAGCUAAGUAGCUUAUUCGACGGCACUUACAAGUGGUGGAAGCAAAAAACAGUACGUAAAUUUUUUCUGUGCAAUUUUUCAGUGGAUACGAAAAUGCGCAGCGGAAGUAGAGUCAUGCUGUCGUGCACUCCUGCUGGAGGUUUCGGUCGCUUCCUCCUGUUCGUACUGGGAUCUUUGCUCGGCAGUUUCUGGGGUACAACUAUCGGCCCCAGUAAUGCUGCUUUUGCGCUGGCCAUGACUCCAGCUGCCUCAGCGCGGACGUUGAAACGCACGAACAAGGACGAGGAGUCUUCGGGUCCUCCGCCCGGAUCAACAUCCAAAAAGGACCAAUCGGUGUUGUCCAGACCACGUUCUUCCCCUGCUUCACAGGAGCCUGCGGCAACUCCUCGUCCCCAGCGUUGCAAAAAGAUCGGAACCGUGGCGGCUGCCACGAUGGGGUUGGCGGCUGCAACUACGGGGUUAGCGGCUUUGAUCGGGAAUUCUUCGCCCGUAGUCGGAACGACCCCGGCCGGCCUCGGACAAGCGCCGGCAGACGCGUCGCGCUGGAGCGAAGGUGGUACUGAGCCACUGGCUCGGGAGCAGACCUGCAAUGCUUUUCCUUACACAGACCCGUGCGUGGUCAGUGUGCCGUUCGGCGCAGAUGUCCGAUCCGCGUGCAGAAAUGAUCGACAAAAAGAAACCGGAGGGGAAAAAAUCGAACCGCUAAGGGUCUGUCAUGCCAAAGCCGUCAUCGACCCGAACCACGGCAAAGCGACUUUAGAGCCGGCUAAUUUCUGCGCAAGAUCUUCAGCUUCAACAUCUUCCUUGGAAAUCGCCGAGAUUGGGUUUUUUAAAGACUGCAGCUGCAAGCGCACAGCAGGCCAAGUUUGA